AUGAUUCAGAACGGUAAAGGUUUAAAUGACAAACAGCACCAACAGUCACGCGACAAAAAGACAGUAUGUGAUGUGAAACGUAAAAUUAAUACGUUGAGAAGCAAUUAUAGGAAGGAAUUAAAAAGAAUAGAGGACUCGAAAAGAUCAGGGACUGGAGCCGACGACGUAUAUUCACCAUCGUCGUGGGUUUUUCACGCAUUGCAAUUUCUAAGCAAAUUUGAGCAACCUGUUGACCUUGGGAACACACAAUCACGUUCAUCAAUAGUACCACCUCUUGAGCCUAUGCCCAAAAGAGCCAGGAAUAUCGGACCCAUUGCUCGACAAAAUGAUUUGUUGCUAAAAGCAUGUGCUUAUUUGGACGAUUCCUCCAGAAGCAAUGACCAAACAGAAAUCCCCGCUAUCGCCAAAGCUUGGGGUGAAAAGCUUCUACAAUUACGUCCCCAUCAACGACAUUUUGCAGAGAAAGCAAUUAAUGACAUUUUAUUUGAAGCCUGUCAGGGUACAUUACAUAGGAAUUCCGUAACAAUCAACGACGGAUUUUCAGGCCAAGGUUUGGUGGCUUCCUCACCAGUGAGCAGUGUGGACAAUACAUAUGAGACAUUACUCCAACAGCAAGAAUCCAAUUCCGGAAUUUAUGAUCCACUGGCACCCAACUCCAAUUCUGAAUAG